UACUAAAUAUAACCACACAAGACACACCUAUACAGACCUAACGUGAUGCUGAAACAUUGGUACACGUUGUUGGGCAUUUACUUAUGGAGCAGAAUCUGGCAGUGGAUUUACGACCUGGGACGUACAUGUAGUGUAUUGCCAAGGAGAAGGAAAACGCCCAGGAUCAGGGACAAGAAAUCAAAUUUAUGCGUUUGCAAAUCCUCUGUAAAACAAGUCGGAGACAUUUGGAUACCACCAAAAACACAGAUAAGAAAUGCGGGAACACAGACAGAUGAAUUGGGUGACGUUGACAACAAUCUAUCAACGGAUAUUGAAGAAAAUGCCUGUUCUGAGGACAUUUCGACAAUCCAAGCACAGUGGGUUAAAGAGGAUGACGACGAUGAAGAAAGUAGAGAAUUUUGUCAAGAAGACAAAGAAGAGAAACCCCAUACAGCAACCUAUCCUUUAGUAAAGAAAACCACUCUUGACGUCAUGAAGGUAUGUCAUGGAUGUCCAGUUACCAUGACUACAGAACGCCAUCGAAGAACUCGACACCUAUCGUACAACGAUGAUGAAAACGGGAAUGUGGUGGUGAUGAACUCUCUUCAGGAGUUUCGAAUCAAAAGUCGUGGAGUGGUUGAAUUCGGCAACCGCCGGAUUUCAUUUUCUGAAGAGAUAACGGUGAUCAGAAGAUGGGAAGUUGAGGACAUCUCACUUUUUCAGCUGGAAACCCAAAUUCACAGUGAUAGAGUUAUUGAGCAAUCAGUAUAUUCUUUUCAGAACAGUGGAGCACUUAACUGCAAAGGGACAACUGGCCAUGAAUUCAAAAACAGCAUAAUUUGCAAAAUUCCUAACUCAGAAAUACGAAAAGUGACUGUUUCCGAUCGAAAUCAACCAAGACUAACCAGAAAAUUGAAGAUGGGACUUGGAGGCAUGGAUGCUAGCAAUGGGCAUACAAAUUGCUUAUCAAUCCCAAAUUUUGACACGAGAAAGAUACAUAUUAUGCCAAGUCAUGUCAUUGAAGAAAAUUAUGUUUCUGUUCGCUCGGAAAAAAAGAGCAGCCAAAAUGAUACAAAGAACAAUGCUCUAGAUGAUCAAUCUCAUGUGGUGGGUGUCGGAUGCAACCCCAAAACUGGCGCGGGAUUUGAAAAGAGAUCCCGUGGCUUCAAAAGAAAAGAAAGAAAUUUGGUUGGAGAUAAGAAAAGGGGUAACUGGCAUUUCAAUUCAAACAUAGCAGAAACACGCCUACAGGAAAAUUCUGGAAUGGACGCAUCAAACGUAACAAAAACACGCCAACAGGAAGAUUCUGGAAUGGGCGCAUCAAACGUAACAAAAACACGCCUACAGGAAGAGUCUGGAAUUGACGCAUCAAAUGUAACAAAAACACGCCUACAGGGAUAUUCUGGAAUGGAAGCAUCAAAUGUAACAAAAGCACGCCUACACGAAGAUUCUGGAAUGGAAGCAUCAAAUGUAACAAAAACACGCCUACAGGAAGAGUCUGGAAUGGAAGCAUCAAACGUAACAAAAACAAAUCUACAGGAAGAUUCUGGAAUGGACACAUCAAACGUAACAAGAACACGCCUACAGGUAGAGUCUGGAAUGGACACAUCAAACGUAACAAGAACACGCCUACAGGAAGAGUCUGGAAUGGACGCAUCAAACGUAACAAAAACACGCCCACAGGAAGAUUCUGGAAUGGACGCAUCAAACGUAACAAAAACGCGCCUACAGGGAGAUUCUGGAAUGGACGCAUCAAACGUAACAAAAACACGUCUACAGGAAGAUUCUGGAAUCGAUGCAUUGCAAUUGGACAAUAGAAUAUGCGGUAAUCUAACCACACAAGACGAAAGAAGAUUCCAACAAGUUAACGCAAAUGAUCACUGCCAGAAGGAAAAAAGAAUCACAAAACCAAAGGUAAAACAAAAGUUUGCCGAAAAACUUUAUUUCCGAAAGCAGUCAAAUGGAUCGGACGGAAUAGGAAGUUGCUUUAAAACGUAUGCCGUAACUGUUUUUACCCUUUUCUUCAAAGACCCGGUAUGUUGGUGUAUGGUUGUGCUGAUGUUGCUUCCUACAACUGCAGCAGAUCCAAAAUUGCAUUGGAAAGAAUCCGCUAGAAAUGUGACUCAAUGUCCGACUACCAAAGAGGAAUGGCUGAAGUUUUCCACCUCCAAAGACUGCUCAACAUAUUUAAGCGAACCACAACCUCAGUAUCAUUGUGUUUUGAAUGACGAUAGAACAGGCUUUGUUGAAUUGUGUGCACCAGUUAGAAAGAUAAUGGGUGAAUUUUGUACAGAAUACAACAGAGGUCUGGAGGGUAUUCAGCCACAAACACGAACAAGCUGUAAAGGCAUCUGUCCAUUUGCCUACAAUUCAACGGAUAUGAUUAAAUACCCUGAAUGUUACAAUUUAUCGAAAAUUUAUGAUUCUACCGAUUCGGAGCUUCCAAUUUCUACGGCAGUAACAAAAUUCCAAGAAAACUCUACCACUGUCCAACAACCAUCUAAAUUUCAAACCUCUAGAUACACUUGUGAUGCCUGCUCUGCUAUUGCGAUAACGUACAUAUCAAUAUGUACAUGUAUAUUGCUAUUUGGCUUUGGGCUGUACAAAUACUGUAAAGUACGAAGACCGAAGCACUUAUAUAAAUAUGCUGAUGUAACAUCACGUGUACAUGAUGGAACAAUCAUUCUCCAACUACAUAGUGUAGGAAAUUUGCAAAAAGCCACAGCAGUAUAAAAGCUGACAAGUUAAAAAUAUCACUAGACGAGAGAAAAUGAAGUAUAUCUUUUUUGAAUUGUACAUAGAGAUGCAAAUGAAUAUAGAGAACUAACGACUCCUACAUCUAAGAGACAAAAGAAAACAUAUUGUUUUGUCAACCUAUGUGUACAUGUAUAUUUUCUGGGUUUUUAUUUUUAAAUUCAAAACAUGUUAUAUUUUUGUUUUAGAAAAAAAAUCUUUAUACAUAUCCAAAUAGUUUUCAUGUGAAUAUAAUUGUUCUUUCUGUACAUUGGAAGUGUGUAAUCAACAAAGCAUUGCUUUGGCAAUAUUGAGUAUAUAAAGACAUAUAGAAGGGAUUACAUUCUAUUGUAUGUAAAUUUGUGUAUAUCUAUAUGAAUACGUAAUCAAGGAUACACUAAGUAUAAGAGGCUAUUUCAGAAGGGAUUAUCUGUCCUAGAUACCAAUAUUAUAUGUCCAUAUUAUGUAAUGCUUUUGUAAUGGGCAGCAACAUCUCUGGUGGUCAGUAGUACAGGAUCUCUAAAACCAAUUUAUAACGAAAUAGCUAUAUCAUUAUAAUGAAUUAGAUUUUUAAAAAUCGUUAAAAUGAUAUAUCGUACGUUGUAAGACCUCUUGUUUUCUUAAUCUAGAAUUUUCCAAGAUAAAAUAAAACAUACGUCAACUUCGUAUAUUGUUUGUAAAACUGCAUAUCUUGUAAAAUAAAUCAUCAAAGUAUCAU